AUGUCUCAUCCGCCGACACUAAACAAGCGCUUGAUCCUAGUAGUACUACUCAGUCUACUGGGGCAUGCAACUGCCGCAGACACCUCAGCCGAGGAGUGUGAGCUGGCAGACCCCACAUUGUACCUGUGGGACGCUAAGCAGCUGAGUAAUCUGAAGAAGAAGUAUCAAAGCGGGGAUGCUAGCAGUGUGUUCAAGUCGUCGCUAAGCUUCCUGGAACGUGAGUGUGCGGAAGCCUUGGAUGGCGAAACGUAUUCUGUUACAUACCAAAAGCGCGUGCCCGAGUCAGGCGAUAUCCACGACUAUCAAAGCGUAGGCUACUACUGGUGGCCAUGUGCAGAGGCGGAGCACGAGGGGUUUAACAACUGCGUGCAGAAAACUAAAACUGGUACUGAACCAAAGGAGUGUGUGGAUGAUGCCAAAUGGGGGAGCAUCCCCUGGCGCUACUGUGACGGCCAUCACAAUGCCGCAACAUUUGAGUACUCGUCGAAGGAGAGCAUGCAGCAGAUGACCAACCAGGUGAGAGACUUAGCGCUGCUGUGGUACUACACAGAGAAGGACCAAUACGCACGCAUCGCGAGUCAGCUGCUGCAAGUGUUUUUCCUAGACGAAGACACGCGCAUGAACCCCAUGCUACAGUACGCCCAGUUUGUGCCUGAUCUGUGGUACUUUGAAAGCGCCGGUCUGAUCGAGAUCACUGGAUGGACCGAACUUCUUGAGGCUGUGGCUAUACUUCGCACGUCCCAGCACUGGAGCAACGCACACCAUCGCCAACUCAUGGACUGGAUGUAUGAGCUAAUGGAAUGGCUACAGACCAGCCGAAUGGGAGAGAAGGAGCACUACGCAGGCAACAACCACGCUGUAUGGUACUACCAGACGGUCAUUGGCAUGGGCCUGCACGUGACCGAGAUAUUCUCCUUCCACGGAUACCCGGCGAUGACACAUGAAAGGUUGUCAGACAACACCCACACACGAGCGCAUCUGUUUGUGUGCUGUGCCGAGCGAAAACUAGGAUUUUCUUCUUGA